AUGCGCCAGUCCAAGGUCCAUUGCGUCAUUCCACACUUUUCCCUGCCAGCUUCAGCGGGAAAACGGGCUUUACCAAUCUCACCGUACACGCUACGAUCAACCUUCCAAACCAAACAUCCUCAACCUCAAUACCGUCUUCUACAACGUCUAUCUCACCAAACGAGCCCAAGAACCAACACCCGAAACGCAGAGCACCAAACUCUCUUCCCCGCAACCUCAAGAUCGCAACCACAAAUCAGCUGUUUUCUCCUCACCAAGUCCCCCUUCUCAACCUCAGCACAAACCAUGUCGUCCGACGACGCCUACAUGGCAUUCCUGAAUAAAGCCAACGAAGACUCGAGCGGCAACCAAGCCGUGCAGCAAGGGGCCGGCACCGUUAAAACCGAGACCGUGCACAGCUCCCUGUCAGUCCCAAAGCCGCUGCAGUCGGUCGACGCAUACUACACCUCCGAUACAGACGAGCCCUUUGAACCUGUAGCACUGAAAUGGGAUGGUGCUGCCAAGGGAUCGUGGCCUAGUGUUGACCAGCUCUCCUCCCUGAUCUCCCCAGAUACCGACCUGUCCCAGUCCAUCUCCACUCUGUCCCCCUCCUCCUUCGACCCGAACAAUCAGUAUUCCGCCGCCCUGGAUGCUAUCCGCGCCGCGGCUGUCGAGAAGGAUUCUGGUGCCGAUAAGUCUGCUGUCGAGCUGAAGGUAUACCGCGUUGAACAAACUAGCACCAAGAUCGAGUACUGGGUUCUGGCACUAGAUGCGCCCGAGAGUCGUCUUGUUGGUUUGCGCGCUAAGGCUGUUGAGUCGUAG